AUGGCGAGGGACAAGAUGAAACUGUCGGUAUGGCGCGGUGACUGGGGCUUGCCUUCUGUGGAUCCCCACUGUCUGGCUGUUCUGGCAUAUUGCAAGUUUUCGGGUGUUCCUGUUGAUGUUGUCAAGACUGGAAAUCCUUGGAGUUCUCCAACAGGAAACUUUCCCGUCUUGAGUGCUGGGAAAGAGACCUACUGUCGGGUGUCGGAUAUUUUUACAUAUUUGAGGAAAGAGAACUGGGGCAGUGACUUUGAGUUGUCCAGGAAACAGACUGCUGAUGUGGUGGCUUUCUCUGCCUUGCUGGAGGAGAAGCUGCUGCCAGCCCUGCUGCAGCUGUGGUGGGUCGAUGACAAGACAUUUGUGGAUGUCACCCGCCCCUGGUACGCCAGUGCUGUCCCAUUUCCCCUGAGUCUCUUCCAUCCUCGGAGCAAACAGAAGAAAGCAGAGUUGCGGGUCUUGUUGACCAAGGGAGGCGAUCACAUCAGUGAACUCGAGAAAGAAGCCAAAGUGUACAAGGAAGCCAAGGAGUGUUUGAACCUGCUGUCCUACAAACUGGGAGAGAAACCCUACAUGUUUGGCCAAUUACCGUCUUCUCUUGAUGCCUUGGUAUUUGGCUAUUUGGCACCCCUGAUGAAGGCACCAUUGCCCAGCAACCCUCUGCAGACCCACCUGGCACAGUGUUCCAACCUGAUGCGCAUGUGCAGUGAGAUCCUGGCAACAUUCUUCCCAGCAGAUGUUAGAGUGUCUGUCAGGAGAGCUGGUGAGAGUCAAGUGUCUGUCAGGAGAGCUGGUGAGAGGCAAGUGUCUGUCAGGAGAGCUGGUGAGAGGUUCCAAGUGUCUGUCAGGAGAGCUGGUGAGAGGUCAAGUGUCUGUCAGGAGAGCUGGUGA